AUGAAGGAUCUUCUGUCUGCAGCUGAGCAGGAGGGGUCUCCCCACCCAGACUACCAGGACCCCCAUUUCCGGAGAAUGGCCCACAUGUCUCAAGUGCAGGAACUCUUCCAUGAGGCAGCCCAGCAGGAGGCCCUGGCCCAGCCCCAGCCCUGGUGGAAGAUCCAGCUGUUCAUAUGGGAACCAGUGCUGUUCGGGACCUGGGAUGGUGUGUUCACGUCCUGCAUGAUCAACAUUUUUGGGGUUGUCCUUUUCUUGAGGACUGGCUGGCUGGUGGGAAACACGGGAGUGCUCAUGGGUGUGUUUCUGGUGUCCUUCGUCGCCCUGGUGGCCCUAGUCACAGUGCUGUCCGGCAUCGGGGUUGGGGAGCACUGCGACGUGGGCACCGGCGGUGUCUACUCCAUGAUCGCGGCGGUCCUCGGCGGGCAGACCGGAGGCGCCAUCGGGCUGCUGUACGUGUUUGGACAGUGUGUUGCAGGUGCCAUGUAUAUCACUGGCUUCGCUGAAUCCAUCUCAGAUCUGCUGAGCCUCAGGAAUCUCUGGGCCGUGCGAGGAAUUUCAGUUGCGGUGCUUCUGGCCUUGCUGGGGAUUAACCUAGCAGGUGUCAAAUGGAUAAUCCGCCUCCAGCUGCUGCUGUUGCUCCUGCUGGCCGUGUCCACGCUGGACUUUGUGGUGGGCUCUUUCACACACCUGGACCCAGAACAUGGUUUUAUUGGAUAUUCACCAGAACUGCUGCAGAACAACACUCUGCCAGAUUACAGCCCCGGCGAGUCUUUUUUCACUGUCUUUGGGGUGUUCUUCCCAGCAGCUACAGAGAUAGACAAUGAAAACCAGCAUGUUAUAUGGAGUCAUGGCCGGCUUCAACAUGGGGGGCGACCUCAGGGAGCCUGCUGCCAGCAUCCCCCUGGGCUCCCUAGCAGCUGUUGGCAUCUCCUUGUCAUGAUGGCACUGUUGCUUCUAGCCAGGUGGUUUCUGUACAUCGUCUUUGUCCUCCUGCUGGGCGCCACCUGCACCCGAGGGGCCCUUCGCUAUGACUUCCUGAUAGCAGAAAAGGUGUCCCUGGUGGGCUUCCUGUUCCUUUUGGGCUUAUACAUCUCGUCCCUGGCCUCCUGUAUGGGAGGCCUCUACGGAGCACCCCGGAUCCUGCAGUGCAUUGCCCAGGAGAAAGUGAUUCCUGCGCUGGCCUGUCUGGGGCAAGGGAAAGGGCCAAGUAAAACACCCGUAGCUGCCAUCUGCCUGACCAGCUUGGUGACCAUGGCCUUUGUCCUUGUGGGUCAGGUAAACGUCCUGGCCCCCAUCGUCACCAUCAACUUCAUGCUGACAUACAUCUUGGUGGACUACUCUUACUUCUCCCUGUCCAUGGGCGCCUACAGCCUCCCACAGGUGCCUGAGUCGGUGCCCGGAGAGGGCCUGGGAGCUCUCCACUGCUCUGAGCACCUGCUCCUGGAGAAGGCUCCCAGCUGUGGCUCUGAGGGCACUCUGCUAGAAUUCACCAAGGACAUGGAUCAGCUCCUCCAGCUAACCAGGAAGCUUGAGAGUAGCCAGCGCGGAGGAGGAGAGAGACACAGGAUCCCAGAGAAUCGGAAGGGGAAGACCAAGAAGGCCACCAAGCAAACCCUCCAAGAGAGCUUCCUCUUAGACCCCAAGUCUCCUGCUUCCUUCCCUCCUGAAGGCUCUGACGGAUGGCCUUCUGCCUCCUGGGAGGGGCAGGGGCCCCAUGGGAACAUGCCGAGUUCCAGAAGUGAAGGGGCUCAGCCUGGGGGAGCCUGUGGAGAACAACUCAUCCCUGAGCUCAGUAAACAGCCCAGGCCGAGUAGAGAAGAUGUCUUCCUAAAGUCCAGGCUCCAGGAACAAGAUAUCCAGAGGAGACCAACUUCUUUCUACACUCGCAUAUGCAACCCCUGGGUCUCCCUGUUGGGGGCUGUUGGGUCCCUUCUCAUCAUGUUUGUGAUCCAGUGGGUCUAUACCCUGGUUAACAUGGGUGUUGCUGCCAUUGUGUAUCUCUACAUUGGUUGGACCAGUUCCGGGCUUCACCUUGGUUUAGCCUCCAACUUCAGCCUUUUCAGAUGGAUGAGGUCUCUUCUGAUCCCCUCCUACAGGAACCUGCGAUCCCGCCAAGAGCAGAUAAUUUUGGCGCCAUCCCUGGCUAGGGUUGACAUGGAGAUGACUCAGCUCACCCAGGAGAACGCAGACUUCGCCACCCGGGAUCGCUAUCACCAUUCCUCCCUCGUGAGCCGGGAACAGCUGAUGAUGCCUCGGUACUAGAGUACUGAGUCGUCAGUACUAGGCAGCCUGGGACCCUCCCCUCAUGUAGCUGUCCAGGGUACAGUGGACCCAAAUCCCAGAACCUUUGUGUAGCUGGUUCUCCUCGGUAAGAAAUUCAAAGACCUGUCCUCCCCCUGUCAUUUAGGAUGAUGGAAAUGUGCAUUCUGGUCUGGAGCACCAAGGCUAACCAGGGGACCCACUGCAAUGGCGGUGGCCCCUGAAACACGCCUCCAGUCUGAAGAGCUCCAUGUGGACGCCAAGACUUGCAGGUGUCCAGACCAGAUUGCUUGUUCUGAG